AUGAAGGUUUCAUCUCUCUUUGUUGGUGCUGUUCUGACCGGAUCCGCCUUUGGUCUGGUCCCCGGCGUACCCGGACUUCCCGGUGCCGCCAAUGCCGUCCCCAGCAACAUUGCCAGUGGUGUCUCGAGCGUUAUCGCUGGUGCCGCUUCAAGCGCAGCCUCUGCUGUCUCGAGCGCCGUCCCCGCCGCCGCCUCCAGCGGACUCGCCAAUGCAUCGUCCCGCAUUGCUUCCGCUGCCAGUGCCCAGUCCACCGGCAAGAAGAUCCAGCUCACCAUCACCACGGCCAACUCUCGCGGUGCAACUGGUGUCUCACCCAAAGUCAUCGCUACUGUCCUCCUCGACACUGCGACCGACAUCCUCUCCACGCUCUCCGUCCCCGGAAUUCCCUUUCUCAAACGUCGAUUGAGUCAAAGACGACAAGAGGUCGAGCUUUCCAAGCGGGCGAUGCCACCACUCCGAUGGCAAUACUACCAAUCGAGUCCCAAGAUUCGCGGUGUCAACCUCGGUGGGUGGCUGGUGUUGGAGGCCUGGAUGACGCCUAGCGUAUUCGCUGCUACGGGUAAUCCGAACAUUGUCGACGAAUGGGGUUUCGGAUCGAUGCAGCCGAGGGAUCAGGCGAUCUCGAUCAUGCAGAACCACCUCAACACCUUCAUGUCGGAGAGUGACAUUCAGCAGAUCGCAGCUGCGGGUCUCAACCACGUUCGAAUCCCGAUCCCGUACUGGGCAUUCGAGGUUGCAGCGGGAGAACCAUAUCUGAAGUUGAACCAGUACGACCUGCUGAAGCAGGCGGUGAUGCUGUGCAACAAGUACAACAUCAAGGUGUUGGUCGAGCUUCACACGGCUCCUGGAUCGCAGAACGGAUACGAUCACGGUGGUCGUCGAGGGGUCAACCAGUGGGCGAGCAAUCCGUCCUACGUGAACCGCACGAUUGCGAUCCUUCAGACCAUGUCGCAGGAGUUCUCGCAGAGCAAGUACGCCAACGUGGUGACAGCGAUCGAAUUGCUCAACGAGCCGGUGACGGAUCAAAACGUGGUGAUGGACUUUAACGCACGUGCCUACGAAGUGGUCCGAUAUCCCAACGGAAGGAACGCGACCGCCUCACCGUUGUUGAUCGUCCUCAGCGAUGACUUCAUCUCGCCCGCAGUCUCGGCUUACUGGAACCAGUCCGCUCUCCCUCCUCAGUACGAAGCCGUAUCCAUCGAUUCCCACGUCUAUACCGUCUUCUCCGAUCAAGGUCGCGCGCUCUCCAACUCGGACCGUCUCGCUUACUACUGUUCGCUCAAACCGAAAUGGGCUGGAGCCACCACCAUUCACCCGCAAAUCAUCGGCGAAUGGACACCUGCAUACACCGAUUGCGCUGCCGGCGUCAACGGCAGAAACACCGCAGCCGGCACAUCCGAUUGCUACGCCAGGUCCGGCGAUGCUUCGACGUUCACCCCGGCGUACAAGGCCAUGCUGGGCAAGAUGUGGGAGGCCCAGGUGGAUUCCGCCGAGGGUGGCAAAGGUUGGAUGAUGUGGAGUUGGAAGACCGAGGCCAUGGCCGCGGAAGAUUGGAGCUACCAGAAAGGUUUGCAGUACGGCUGGAUUCCUCGGGACCCGACCAAGAGACCCCAGGGUAUCAACUGCAACCUACCAUCGACGUACAACAAUGUGGAUGCCACGACGACGACAACUUCGACGGCUCAAACCCAAACGAAGAGCAGCGGAGGUGGAUUCUUGGGUGGCAUCUUUGGGUUCUAG